CCCUAUCUCAAACAUAGAAGUCAUUUGUUUACAAACAUAAAAGCGGUUCCGUGCCCGGCGUUGUAAACUGCAGCAUUUAAAAUUUCUAAUUUUAUCAAUGGAAAUCACUAACCAAAACUUUUUGCAGCAGCUUCCAUCAGUGCUGCGAACCAUCCAGGAAGCGGACUUUUUCGCCAUCGAUGGUGAAUUCACCGGAUUAACUUCGGAUCGCAACGUGUUCCCAUUCGAUACACCGGAAGAGGUGUACCUGAAAACGAUCGACAACUGUUCCGAUUUCGUCAUCAUCCAGCUGGGGUUGUGUGCGUUCCGGGUUGAUCCGGACAGCGGUCAAGUCAGCUACAAAUGCUACAAUUUCUACUGCUUUCCCCGGGGUCGAUCGCAUCCGUUUGCCUGCCAGGGCGAUAGCAUGCACUUUUUAGCUGAGAAUGGGUUCGAUUUCAACAAGCUGUUCCUGGAGGGUUUGUCCUACUACGGAGAAGCCGACGAGGAACGAUUUCGCGCAGAUCUCAAAGACCGACAGGAGCAACGAGCGGCUACUUUGGAAGCAUUAGAUGACGAAGAAGCCAACGGAGAAAACAGCAACGUGAACAUGGUUCCGGUACCACCGACUGAAGAGAAAACCUUAAGCGAAAUAUCUGAGAAAAUAGAAGCAUUCAUAGCUUCAGAUGAAGUUAACUUCACCAUUUCAAACUGUAACGGAUUUCAAAGAAAACUCGUUUACCAACUGAUUGAGACCAAAUUCAAAAAGAAUAUUUCAACGAGCUCAGUUAAUCUUGAAAACAACCAUAAAGGUAUUCUGGUCGAGCGAAAGCGUACCAAGGAUCAGGAGGUUGAGUUAGAGAAACAGCGAUGUGCCCAAGAACAGGAAGACUUGACGAAAGCGAUUGGCUUAUCGCUGGUGCUGCAGGAACUAUCCAAGGCUAAAAAAAUGAUCAUCGGCCAUAACAUGUUGCUGGAUUUACUGUUUAUCAUACGGCAAUUUUUCCGGCCGUUACCACCGAACUAUCAAGACUUCAAAAAGGUUGUGAGGGAACUGUUUCCGCUCAUACUGGACACCAAAUAUCUGUGCACGAAUGGAGAAAUAAAGGUGCACGUUAAUUCGUCGGUUCUGAGUCACGUGUUCGAAGCCGUCCAGAAGGAACCCUUUAAGCUGCCGGAGGUGGUCAGCGGCUUCGAGGAUCACAAGUACUGUCCGAACGAGAUGAAGCAACACGAAGCCGGUUUCGAUGCGUUCCUAACGGGGCAAUGCUUUCUGGGUUUAGCAAGUUUCCUUCAAGUGGACAUAAAAAAUGUCGAAAAGGAUCCAAUUCUGAAAUCUUAUUUAAAUAGAAUUUUCUUGUUGAGACUUGCCGAGGUAAAUUACAUCUACAUACAUGGGAAAGAACCCACCUUUUCGCGGGAUCACAUCUUCUACAUCACCUUCCCGGAGCAGUGGCGCCAGAGCGAUAUCGUCAAUCGUUUUCGCAACUACGGGCAGGUGUAUGUGAAUUGGGUCAGCAAUAGCUCUGCCUUCGUGUCCCUGCAUCAGCGAGACCACGCCGGGCAGGUUAUUCGAACAAUCGACAAAUCACCGGUCGGGUUUACCAUUUGCUCCCUGAAUCAGUUCAAAGCCAAACAACAGUGUGCUGGAGGAACGAAGCGUAAACAUGAUAGUGGGAAUAAGGAAACGGAAGUGGUGCUCCCUGCAGUGAGCGCCAGUGAGGUGGCGAAUUUCGGCGCCGGUAAUAACCCCAAGAAAGCAAGGAAAGCGUUUGCCGAGGACAACGACUGGUAGGUCGAAGAAUUUUGUACCUAUACUUAUUGCAUUUCGACGAAUAAUGACGAAUUUUAUGCUCUAAA